AUGAGAAACACUAAAGCGAUAUUAUAUAAGUUACAAGCUAUCGUCCGUGGUGUAAAACAAAGAAAAAUAAUGCAAUCUAAACGGCAAGCUCUUUUGCUUUCAUCUUCCAAUUGCCAUGGAUACUCCUUAUUGGAAUUUGCGAAAAAAGAAAUCUGCAGUUUUCUAAAUAGCAAUAAUGUUAAUGAGCUUAUCUUUGUGCCAUAUGCACAAAAUAAUUUUGAUGGCUACACAAGCAAAAUAAAAGAUGUUAUUAAUCCUUGGGGCUACUCUGUCAAAGGUUUACAUACAUAUGAAGAUCCCGCUAAGGCUAUUAACUCAGCUAAAGCCAUAUUUGUGGGUGGAGGAAACACUUUCCUAUUAUUGAAUAGGUUAUAUGAAAAGAAGCUGGUAAAUAUUAUAAAGGAGAAAGUAGAUGAUGGAAGUUUAGUGUAUAUUGGAAGCAGUGCUGGUACUAAUGUAGCGACACAUAGUAUCCACACUACAAAUGAUAUGCCAAUUAUAUACCCUCCAAGUUUCAAUGCUAUUGGAAUUGUUCCAUUUAAUAUUAACCCUCAUUACAUUGACAAAGUUGAAAGCGAGAAGCACAAGGGCGAAACAAGAGAUCAAAGAAUCACUGAAUAUAUGGAAAUGCCUCAUGCAAAUUCUGUUCUAGGAUUAAGAGAAGGUUCUUUACUUUACGUAAAUAAAAACGAGUUUACAAUAAAAGGUGUAGCAGGUGCAGUUAUUUUUAGAAAUAAGGAAAAAAAAGAGUAUGAAGUUGGAGCAGAUGUAUCAUUUUUAUUGGAAGAAAAACUUUGA